CAUUACCGUCGACCGUUGUAUGACAAACCGUUGACGGCGCCGUGAUACCAACCAACCUUGUGCGCAACUUCGAAUCCGAACGCGCCGAAAUUGAACUGUAGAGUCCCGCUCGUACUCCGUCAUCUACGUAGUACAUAUCGCCAGUUCUUUGUCCCGACGUCCUUCUCUGCCCGGCGCCCUCGACCAUGCCUUCCAUAUCGGCACUUCCGACAGAGCUCGUUGUUUUCGUCAUCGAUAACCUCGACCGCUUGAGCGACCUGGCUGCCCUUGCCAGAGCCAACCAAAAGUUAUACGACGUUGCGAACCCUAUCCUCUACAAGCGCGUAGUAUCGCGAGACUUUCCCUAUCCCCUCGAGUGGGCAGCACACAACGGAGUGGUCGGAACCUUGAUAAAAGCUCUCGACUCCGGCGCAGACCCCAACUAUGAAUUCCAACAGUGCAUGUCUUCCAAAGAGUGGGACAAGGCCCUUACUGGAGAAAGCCAGCUUCACCCGGGCUGGGAUGUCGCAAGUGCCUGCGAUCCCGGCAGCACUUUGCUAGCCGGUAGCAACGGCAGCUCUCACGGUGUACGAAGCACAGAAGAUGACGACGAAUCCAUGUCGGAUUACUCGGACGACGGCGAAGACUAUACCGAACACGAACUCGACUACUAUUCGCCUACACUCGGCGAUGACGACCGGCGCUACGAUUCUGAGAGUUCGGGAAGAUGGGUCCAAACCAAGUACGGCCGCAGGUACACUGCCCUCCAUCUCGCCGCCAGAGCUGGCCACGUCAAAGCAAUCAGCACUCUGCUCGAACGUGGUGCUCGGAUGGACGUAGUGGCCAAACAGUUCUGCCCUUGCUGGCGGGAAUAUGGAAUCUUGAGCUCUAUGGAAAGCCCGGCUUCAGGCUUUGACUAUGCAGGGUGGACGCCGCUCCAUGUCGCAAUCUGCUAUUCCAGGGAGGAGGCUGCUGUUAAACUUCUAGCCAGUGGAGCACCGAUCCAAAUGGAGCUUCAUCCCCCGUGGGAGAAUUCGGGCUACCGCGAGAACCCUGCUACCGCCCUUCACCAUGCUGCCGGUAAGGGCCUUGUUCAUGUCGUUCAAUAUCUGGUGGGCGCUGGACUACAGUCGGAAAUCGAUGUGCGCGACAACAAGACCCUUACUCCCUUCUACUACGCAUAUGCGUAUCGCCGCUGGGAUUCUACCGUGCCGCUGCUGCUCAAGCUCGGCGCCAACAUCAACAUAGAUGUUGACAUCUUCCUGCCGUACUCAACCAUCACGCCACUGGGUGAAGCGUGUCGUGUCGGAUACUAUGAAGAAGCAGACAGACUGAUCGACCUCGGCGCCGACGUCAACCGUGGAUAUAUAUCAACUAAUGUCGGCAAAGGCCUAACCCCCCUUCACAUGUGCGCCAUGCCUCUGGCCAAAGGUACCCGCUUCCCUAUGCUGUCAGAAUCCCUUCUGCUGCCAGCAGCACGGGCAAUAACACCGCAAGAAGAAUAUGCAAGAGCAGUACAGCAUGGCUCAGCUCGAGUGGCAACGAUCGAAAAGCUAGUGGCCCGCGGAGCAGCCUUGGAAGCCAGAGAUUGCCCUGGCGACACCCCACUAAUCGCAGCAGUCCAAAACCUCAAUCUGCCCGCCGUCAAGGCUCUAAUCAAGGCAGGCGCCGACAUCCACGCUACCAACUCCCUCGGCCGCAACGUCCUCAUGCAGGCCAUCGAUGGCCCUCAAAUGCCCAUGCGCUCAUCAUCAUGGGUUAACAUCGGCACCCUCAGCCGCGUCCUCCGUGAGCUACUGAACAACGGCGCCAAAAUCGACCACACAGACAACCAAGGCAACACCCUCCUGCACGUCGUCUGCAAAUGCCCCAAAGAGCGGCUCUCUCCCGAACUCCAGUGCGACGUCCUCCGCCUAGUCCUCAACAUCCCCGGCGCCCCGGCUCUCAUGCAGGUCCGAGGGUCCCAGGGACCUGCAUCCCGGUCCCUUACCCCGCUCAUGAUCGCUUUCAUGGAGAACAAGCUUCUCUGCUGCGACGUCCUCGUCCGUCGCGGCUGCUGGGCCGUGAACCCCGAACAAAUGCGGAAGGAAGAUCUUAAAUGGAUGUUCAACUACUACCGUAACCGCAACUCCCAGAGCUACCGAGAGAGCGCGUUGGACUACCUCAUGGACCUGGAUAUCGAUGGUCAUUUAGUGACGGACGAAAAAUUCGGCGCGCACAUACUUUUUGACAACGAGUAUGGAUACCGGCACUGUAAACCGAAUUGGUUUGAUCCGCAGCGACCGCACACGUCGACGGGCGAGCGGCUCUACGAUCGCUCGGUUCUACUGCGCGGCAAAGAGGAGGAGGAUGAGGAUGUCCUUGGCAAGCCCAAAAAGAGCGCGAAGGAGUGGUGCGCGAUGAGUGAGACGGUGGGUCCUCGGUAUGAUCCCCAAGAUGAUCUGUGGUAGUGCCUAUUCGAUGAUCUGGGUGUCAGCUUAUAAAUGUUCUUCCACGUCGGCUCUUUUGCUUUUCUUGCUGAUAGACAAUGGCUUCUGUACAAUACCCCUUCUCUUUCCGAUUUUCGACCCUCUAUAAUGGACGAAGGCGUUUAUGACAGCAGUAGAGGCGUUACGAGGCGUCUCAGUGGCAUUGUUAUAUGGUUACAAUGUA